AAACCGCACUGGAGUGCAUCUCUGUGGGCCGCCCCUGUCAACAGGAAACGGGCUGUUCGAGAAGGGUGGUGGCAACAAAAAAAUGGAUCAGGGACAAAAGAUACCUUGGUUGGAAGACGAGCUCUCCUGCCCAAUAUGUCAGGACAUCUUCAAGGACCCUGUGUUCCCGCCGUGUCAGCACAACUUCUGCUGCGCUUGUCUGAUGAGCUACUGGAAACAAAAGGGAGGCUGUGAUUGCCCGGUUUGCCGGGAGACAUAUUCCAACAGCGAUUUAAAAUGGAACCGCACGCUGGCCAACAUUGUCGACUCUUUCCUGAAGGAAUCCAGCAAGGCUCGGGGGCCGGAGGACAUGUGCGGGCAGCACAACGAGGAGCUGAAGCUCUUCUGCAAGGAGGACGAGGAGGUGCUGUGUGUCGUCUGCCUGCACUCGAAGAAGCAUGAAAACCACAAGUGCCUACCUUUGGACGAGGCAGCGAAAGAAUGCAAGGAUGGACUGAAGGCAUCGAUCAAAACUCUGAACUCCAAGAUGGAGAAAUUCCUUGGGAUCAGGAAUGAGAAUGACCUGUCUUUAAACCAUAUGAAGAGUCAGGCUUCGAGAACUAAAAAACAAAUCAGACAGGAGUUUCAGAAACUUCACGGCUUCCUUCACACCGAGGAGGAGACUCUGAUGGACAGUCUUCGAAAGGAGGAAAGGAACCAUAUUCAGUCAAUGCAGCAGAAGGUUAAGAUAAUCUCUGAUGAGAUUUCCAUGCUGAAAGCCAACAUUCAGGCUCUUGAGAGCCAACUCAGCCAACAAGAUCCUGCACUCUUCCUUCUGAAUCUUCCAGAAACUAGAAAAAGAGCCAACUGCACUCUGCAAGAUCCUGAGCCGGUCUCCGCAAUGAUUGAUGUGGGACGUUAUGUCGGUUCCUUACAAUACCGAGUCUGGAAGAAAAUGCUGAACAUUAUCAACACAGCCCCUGUGACCCUGGAUCCGAACACAGCCGCGCCCUGGCUCCACCUUUCCGAGGAUCUGACGGUUAUGGGCUACCGUCUAUCCAAGCUGCAGCUACCGGAUAACCCAGAGAGGUUUGACUCCUGCGUCUCAGUGCUGGGCUCGGAAGGAUUCUCCUCGGGAAGGCAUCACUGGGACGUGGAUGUGAAGGGCCAGACUGGCUGGUGUUUGGGAGUGGCCAAGGCAUCUGCCAGAAGGAAAGGAAUCAUCAAGGUGGACCCGGAGAACGGCUUCUGGGCCAUUGGGUUGAUGGACGGCUGUGAAUACUACGCCUGCACCUCCCCCUGGCGCACGGAGCUCAGCGUCAGUCCCCAGAUCAUCCGCGUCGACCUGGACUGCAAGGCUGGCAAGGUGUCCUUUUAUAACGUUGAAAACAUGAGCCUUCUUUACAGCUUCACGGACACCUUUACCGAGAAGGUCUAUCCCUACUUCUGCCCUUGCCUGGUCCCAGCCAACACUAACCUCUCGGCUAUGAAAAUCUGCCCCCUCAAAGUGGCUCUGCAGAAUUAAUAGUGCACUGUUAACAUCUUGAAUCUGAAAUUGGGCUGAGAUUAAGCACACAGUGUGUGCAACUCCAGAUAAUGUUGCGAUGCCCUUAUGCCAAAACCCCCUGGAGGGUUAUUCAUUGUUGAGUUUCCCAUCACUGCUCACUCAAGAACCAAAGCUUGGUGAAAUAAUUCAGGGUGUUACAGCCUGAUGCUGUACCUGGAGUUGAUGGUUUUUGCAGUGAUGUUACUGUGCCACCAGCUAACAUUCUGCAGCUGCAGAGACCCCAAGUUCGAUUCUCACUGUCACAAAUGUACAUCAAUUCAUUAUUAGUAUCUGGAGUUU